AUGGUAGAGCUAGGAAUUAAACUAGAUAAUAUCAAUGAUAAAUCAGAUGUUGAUAAUAUAAGUUAUAUGUAUAACGAUAAAAAGUCUGAUAAAUAUAAAAACUUUAACUAUAGAAAUAGAAAUGACAAUAAUUAUUUUAGACCUGUUAAUAAAAUUAGAAAUAAUUUUAGAAAUAAUUAUGAUAAUAGAAAUAGAGAUAGGAAUAGGAAUUACAACAAUAAUUUUAGAUACAAUAGGAAUUACGGUAAUAAUAAUUCGAGAUACCACGAUAAUUAUAACAACUAUAACUACAAUAACUAUCGCUACAACAAUAAUAAUCAAUCUAAUUAUGGUAGAAAUAAUACAUGGCAUGUUAAUAAUCAAAGAAAACAGAUCCAAUACGGUGACGGAAAUCGUAACAUUUACCAAUCUUAUAAUAACAAUAAUCAGAGAAAGCAAAUACAAUAUAACAACAACUCAAAUAAUUUUAGAGGUAGCGACAACAAUAAUAGAAAGCAAAUACAAUACAACAACAAUGAUUAUAAUAUGAAUAUUGAAGAAAUUAUUGAAGAGAAAGUCGACUCUACAAAAAAACAAAGAUGA